ACAUGUACACUGAUCAUCAGGGCACUGAUGAUCAGUGUGCCCUGAUGAUCAGUGUAGCCCCAGCAGUGCCACCUGUCAGUGCCUUGUGUCAGUGCUCAUCAGUGCCUCGUGCCAGUGCCCAUCAGUGCCACAUCAUUGCCACAUAUCAGUGCCUACCAGUGCACAUCAAUGCCACAUAUCAGUGCCCAUCUGAGCUGCCUUUCAGUGUCACCCAUCAGUGCCAGUCAGUGCCAGCUAUCAAUGGCAAUCAGUGCCACCUAUCAGUGCUGCCAAUCAGUGCCACCUAUCAGUUGUCCAUCAGUGCAACCUAUCAGUGCCCAUCAGUGCAGCCUCAUUAGCACACAUCAGUGAAGGAGAAAAAUCACUUAUUUACAAAAUGUUAUAA